ACCCCGCCCCGUUCAACUCAGUCCGCCGCGUUCAUUUCAUUCCUGCUCCCAUUCCGCGCAUAUUUCGCAUCCUUCGGGAGAGACGCUGCGCGCUUUACGCAAACCGGCGCCUCCCGACACCCCCCCCCCCCCUCUACCGAGCCCCCCGGGUCGUCAAAGCGGCGAGGGGAGACCCUGGAGUUGGCGUGAAGUGCUUCCAACGUAGCGACUUGGAUCCGUGGAAAAGUGUGGGACUUAAUCCAUAAAGAGGCAUAUGAUUCGAGGUUACCUGCUGUCAAGUGUCGGGUUUUGGACCAUCUUGCAGAGUUGUCCACAGUUUAUCAGUGUCUGUUAUUAUUGGUAGUUAGCAUUUUGCAUUACCGUUGGCAAAAGCAGCGGCAGCUAGCAUUACCAUUUGUUUUGCCGUUUUCGUCAGCUGGCCGUCCCCGCAGGAAGUUAAUUAUUUCCAUUAGCGUUAACGCCAGCUCGAGGGUCCCUCUAAGUGUUUCUUAAUCCCGUCACCUACUCAUCCUCGAGCCAUUAGCAUUAGGUACCGUUAGCUGCCACCAUGGAUCGCGGGAGCUGGAGCGGCAGCGAGAGUCCAGGGGACGACAUGGAGAGACUGAGUGACUCAGGCGGGGAUAAGACCAUGGAUGGGGACCCCGAGGGGGUCUGGAGCCCCGACAUCGAGCAGAGCUUCCAGGAGGCCCUGGCCAUCUACCCGCCCUGUGGAAGGAGAAAGAUUAUUCUGUCAGAUGAAGGGAAGAUGUAUGGUCGGAAUGAGCUGAUAGCCAGAUACAUCAAGCUCCGAACAGGCAAGACGCGGACGAGGAAACAGGUAUCCAGUCACAUCCAGGUGUUAGCCAGAAGGAAAUCCAGAGAGUUUCAAUCCAAAUUAAAGGACCAGAACGCCAAGGAGAAGGCCCUGCAGAGCAUCUCGUCCAUGUCCUCGGCCCAGAUUGUCUCGGCCACCGCCAUACACAGCAAGCUCCUGCCUGGAAUAGUGCGGAGCAGCUUCCCCAGUAACGCACAGUUGUGGCAGGGAAUGAUUCCUGGAGGACAGUCCAGCUCCACCACAGAAGACAUCAAGCCGUUCUCUCAGCAAGCCUACACCGUGCAGACAGCCGGGACCACCACAAUCUCAGCCUAUGAGCCUCCAACUGCAGCCCAAACGCACAGAGAGCCAGCGUGGCAAGGUCGCUCCAUCGGCACCACCAAACUACGACUGGUGGAGUUUUCAUCUUUCCUGGAGACACAGAGGGACCAGGAGGCAUACAACAAGCACCUGUUCGUGAACAUCAGCCAGAGCAGCAUGAGCUACAGCGACCCCAUGCUGGAGUGUGUGGACAUCAGGCAGAUCUACGACAAGUUCCCCGAGAAGAAGGGUGGCCUCAAGGAGCUGUUCGGCAAGGGCCCACAGAACGCUUUCUACCUGAUCAAGUUCUGGGCCGACCUCAGUUACAACGUGCAGGAUGACCCGGCGGCCUUCUACGGUGUCAGCAGCCAAUACGAGAGCUCGGAGAACAUGACUAUCACCUGCUCCACCAAGGUCUGCUCCUUCGGCAAGCAGGUGGUCGAGAAGGUAGAGACGGAGUACGCAAGGUUUGAAAACGGACGCUUCGUCUACAGAAUCAAUCGCUCCCCAAUGUGUGAAUACAUGAUCAACUUCAUCCACAAGCUCAAACACCUGCCGGAGAAGUACAUGAUGAACAGUGUGCUGGAGAACUUCACUAUACUGCUGGUGGUCAGCAACAGAGACACUCACGAGACGUUGCUUUGUAUGGCGUGUGUGUUUGAGGUGUCCAACAAUGAGCACGGAGCUCAGCACCACAUCUAUCGACUCGUCAAGGAAUAACACACACCCACGUGUACACACACACAUGGCCUUUUUGACAUUGCAGGUAAAAUGUCCAAAAACAGAAUACUACUUAAGUGUCUUUGAGCCGAAAAAUGGCUGCAUUUUCACUGCUGCUCACAAAACACCACCACAACAUUUGGGGAUUUUUUCUAUUUAACAUCAGACAUGAUGAAGAAUCUCAACUGGAGAAUAUCCAUACGCAUAAAUCAUGACGCCAGUCUAAAUGGCAGAUGCUCCUUAACUGUUAAAAUCACAGGAAACACAUCGGGAUCAAACCAGGUUUUUUUUUUUUUUUUUACCACAAACCCUCCCACCCUGGAGACAUCCUGUCCUGUCCCCCGCUAUUUACUUUCUUUCCCACUUUUGUCCCAGUUAAUUUGUACUUCGCUGUACUGUAUUUGGUAAUGUCAACCAAGGGACAAAAAAACUCUCAAUUGUUGCCUGUGACAAGGUGUGUGUGCGUUAUCUGCCGAGACACUGACGAACACUGAAAGUCAGACCCUGUGUAUCAUCAAGGACCAGAGAUGGUCACACUGCUGCAUAUAGAACAACAAGAAUUUUGUACAGAUAGUCACUCAAAAUUGUGUUAGCUCCAUUCAUGCAGAAAAUACUAAAAUAGGUUUGUCCCCAAAGUAAAGGAAUCAAAUUUUUUAAAUGUUUAUGUUUUCUUUUAAAAAAAAAAUUUGGAAAAUUUUAAGAUUAUUGAUAAAAGCAUAUAGGACUAUAUUUUAAUUCCAGUAAUAUUAUCUGACAUGUAUUGUUGGUUAAAAAGUAUAAGUAAAAUCAAACAAUUCAGGUACCAUUUUGUGCAUAAAUAAAGCAAGCGUGUAAAGCAAUGAGCUUUAAAAGCUGAGGCUUUUAUUGUGAACAGCAGCAGUAGGGAAUGCUGGGUUAGCAUUAGCAUUAACAAAAUACAGCCACGAUAGGACCUUAAAACAUUUGGGCAAUGAGAUAAAGUUCCACCAUUAACAACAAAAACUAUCAUAUCAAGUGGGAAAGGAAGAAGUAUGAUGCUUUGAAUGGCUAUUGUCGAAAAAUGCACAUUAUUAAAUGUACCCAAACAACAGCUUGAUAUCAGGAACUCUGAAGGAUUAUAACUAAAUAUUACAUUUAUUGUGGUCAGUCCAUUGGGAAGCACUGUGAAUCUUUAAAACAACAAUAUUUGUGUCAAACUGUUAAAACAAACCUAUGAUUCUUCUGAUCAGCUUUCAAUAUUCUUGUAGUCUAAAAUAGUAUUACGUCCAUAUUUAUAUCAAGGUUUGUCCAUGGCAACUGUGGUGGAAGACGGUUCCCUUUAAUUCAGGACUCAUUUCUGUGGGAUGUUGUCAGGAUGCUGGUGCUGAUGGGGGUGCUCAUCCCGCUCAGCAGCACGAGGAGCCUUCGCUUGGGAACUGCAGCAGACAUUCCUCAUCAGUUUCGCCGGCGUGCUGAUGACCUGGUGUUUGUGAAUGCUUUAUAGAAAGGUGAAUUAGAAUUAGGUGUCAAGAUGCUGAUUCUUCUUCAUUUCAUGGCUGCAUUUACUUGUGUUUUCGUUUUUGUUUCUACAUGUAUGCGUGACAGAUUACUGUCUGUCAUUCACAAAAUACAACCUAAACUUCACAUAGCUGCAGAAAAAAACAGCAUUCAUUAACGAAGAAAAGUGAUACUGGUUGACGUGGUGUGUGAUAUUCUGAAACAUUAUCUUUAUGAAUAUUAAUGCAAUGUGUUGUCCAAAAUACCCUAUUAUUUAGUUUCUUGUUUAGGGCGGCCUUUACCAUCUUGACAAACCUUAAAUGAGCCAUUGUCAGUCAGAACUGGCAGGUUGUUAAGUAUUAUCUCGUAUCGAUGACUCACGUCUGGCUGCUGUGCUGAAAAAUGCUCAGCGACAACAUCACUGUACUUUGACUGUUUGUUUGAAGAGUCCCGUGGGUGUCUCUCAGGGAUACAAACACCUGUCCAACGAAAACACCUGUGUCAGGAAAAAAACCCUUUACAAAAUUCCCUCGCCUUCAACUUCCCCAGAUUGGUCUCACACUGCAAUGAUCAGUUGUUUGCGGGCAGAGUACUCGACCUCCACGGCACCGAGCGAACAAGUGACGCGGACGUGAUAACCCACCACAAAGCCUUGAAGGGCCGAUGUUGCCAUGAUGACCCUCUGUCGGGACAUUAUCUAUCACCUGCUUACCAAAGACAGUCAUCACAAGACACAAAAGGAGAAAUAGAUUUAUGACGAGGUAGAGUAAAUCACAAGCUUCUGCCAAAAAAAAAGGACUAUCAACAUGCAAACAUCCGUAGCUCAUGGGCUGCUCAGUAAAACUGUCCAGACGAAGAAAAACCUACAAAGCGAUGGAAACCUGGUUCUGGUUUUAAAGUCAUUUUUUCAAUUUCACCUUAUGAAAUAUAGACAGCUUGUUGUCAUGGUUGACAGGCUGAAAAAGCAGUACAAGAACGCCCCAGAAACCCCAAAUGUGUGUUGAACCUAACAAAAGCUCCACUUUAAGGCUUUACUGUUAAAUGUCCGCUCUUUAGAUCAACUAGAGGAGUGCUCACACUGAUUAGGUCACUGAAACACAGCGUGUACCGUCUGGUGCCUGAAGGUGAUUCAAGAGGCUUCAAAGUUCUGAUCUGAGUUUCUGAGUCAUCGUGGUCCGUGUUGUGGAUGUUGUCUCGUACGUGCAAGGUGGAUAUUUGUCUUCUUUUAGAAUCACACGUGGCACAGAGGUUCUGUUUGGAAUCCAUUCCGAAAUGGCCUUGAAUCUUUUCGCUCCAGUGCGUUUGCAGCACAUCUGUAUCUGCACUGAGGGUUUUUGAUAAGGUGCUUUAUAUAAAGGUGACAAUACCGUUUAUUACAGAUGUUGUGUAUAUCUUUGAUAUUCUAAUGUUUAUCCUAUUUUGCGAAGAAGAGAGAACAUUUAGCAAAAUCUAAAAGCUAGUAAUGGUUGUCCAUUGGUACUGCACAGGGUCUGAACUUUGCUUUGUAACAUUUUCCCCCUAAUGGCUGAAAGUAUGUUAGAUAUUUUCUAGCUUUGUAGAGACUUUGUACGUAUAUGCUAUUCAGUUUAAAUAAAAGGUCAGUUCCAAACUGUAACGUGGGUAUUUUGUCUUAACUCGUUAGUUCACAAUGACUACAAUUUCCAUACUCAGAACUCAGGUUUCUUGUCUUGGAAUAAACUACCUUUUUAUUUGAAUUGUCUGCAACAAAGAUUGUUACCUUUG